ACGGAAUACACUAUGUGCCAUGGCUGCAGCGGCUUUAAGGCUUGUGCCGUUUAUUGGUCCACUUUGCGUUGCAGCGUUCUCCCUCGCAGUCCUUGGUACCUAAUUAACGUUAUCACUAAAAGAGGGACGGCCAUGGCGCUAGUCUCCCUCGUCUCCCAUGUGUUGAGCUCCAAGCGUGGGGCAAGCUGCAAGAAGGGACGGGCAACUGGAUGUCUCUCCUGCCCAUUCGAACUUUCUCCCGUUUUUUCCUGUGCUACACUACCUCGAUCCCCUUCGGCACUGCACCCCCGUGGCACUCGUGCGUCUGCCGAUCCCGAUCCGCGGGUCGGGCUGUGACGUGGUUCGCUGACCUCGCUCUGCGCCUGCUGAGUGGUCGUUUCCUGUGCCUGCUUUCCCCGUCUUGCUGUCGUCACAUUUCUCCCCUUCACGUGGUGAUCGCCGUGGUUCUGCUGUGACUCGGGAUCUCAGCCGGCCAGAAUGUCGACCUCGGACAAAAACAGCACCAAAGACCGGGCCGAUGCCUUGCCUGAGACGUCUGAUGUCGCUUCCGAGGGCGGCCUGGACGCAGCCUGGAAAUAUCUCGACACCCACCGAAAUGCCGGCGGCGGCGGCGGCGGCAGCGGCACGCCAAUCGACAUCGUGGCGCUGCGCCGCAAGAUCGAUUGGCACAUUGUGCCACUCAUGUUCCUCUGCUACACGCUGCAGUUCCUCGACAAAGUCAUCCUCAACUACGCAAACGUGAUGGGUCUUUCCAAGGACCUGAAUCUACAGGGCAAUGACUUCUCCAAUGUUGCAACGUUCCUGUUCGUUGGCCUGCUGUGCUUCGAGGUCCCCAACACCUACUUCCUGCAGGUUGUGCCCGCCGCGAAAUGGCUUGGACUGAACGUCGCCCUGUGGGGUGUGGCCACUGCCUGCGGAGCCGCCGCGACCAACUACCAGAGCCUCCUCGUCUCCAGGGUCUUCCUGGGCAUUUUCGAGGCCACGAUUGCGCCCUCGCUGAUGCUGAUCAGUAGCCAGUGGUAUACCAAGUCUGAGCAGGCGCCCCGCUUCUGCUUCUGGUACACCGGACUGGGCAUCGGCCAGAUUGUCGGCGGCCUGAUCUCGUUCGGCUUUCAGAACAUGGGCCCAGGUGCUCGGCUUGCCGGGUGGCGGACCAUGUUCGUCGUUCUAGGCGCCGUGACCGUCGUUGUAGGCACCUGUGUCUUCCUCUUCUUGCCCGACACCCCCAUGAAGGCGCGCUGGCUGUCCGACGGCGAGAAGGUGGCGCUGCUUAAGCACGUCAGCGUCAACCAGACCGGCAUCGAAAACCGCAAGUUUCGCGCCAAGGAGAUCCUCGAGGCCCUGCUGGACCCCCAGAUCUACCUCCUACUGCUGUCCGUCGUGCUGAUGUCGGUGUCCAGCGGUGUCGUCACGACGUACUCGGCGACGCUGAUCCGCAACCUGAAGUAUGAUUCCAAGCAGGCUGCCUUGAUGAAUACCCCGUCUGGCGCUGUCAGCAUCUUCUUUACUCUGUUUGCCGGGUUCGGGAUCCGCCUGCAGUCCCACCGCUGGGCUUUCACCAUUGCCUGCAUCAUCCCUGCGAUCAUUGGGGGCGCUCUGAUGUCGUUCCUCCCUACCGACAACAGGGCGGGCUGCCUGGCCGGUAUUUAUCUCGUCAACGCCGUCGUUGCUCCUCUCGCCAUCUACUACAACUGGACCAUGGCCAACGUUGGCGGCGCGACGAAGCGAGCGUUCGCCGCCGCCAUCAUCAGCGGCUCCUUCUCCAUCGGCAACAUCAUUGGCCCUCAGACCUUCCAAGCCAGAGACGCGCCCGAGUACCGGCCUGCGAAGAUCGCCGUCAUGGCCACCCAGGCCGGCUGCGCGUUCACCACUUUCCUCCUGUUUCUCUACUACGUCUGGCAGAACAAGAGACGCACCUCGGAGCGCGAAACGGAAGAGACCUACUUGUCGCCUGAGGCGUGGGCCAACAUGACAGACAAGGAGAAUAAGCAGUUCCGCUACGCCUACUAGACGGCGUGGGGAGUGCUGCGGAGAUUGCCCCCUCUUGCUCGGAGGAAUCAACAUGCUGUACAUUUUACAAUAUCCGCAGUAACAUUACUAGAUGUAACAUCGCUUGUGAUAAUGGACUGCGCAAAUACACAGAACUGUCCAGUUCAACCCUGGUUUGUUUGUUAGCUUAGUUCUUGUUCCUGGGCACUUUUUAACAGGGGCCAAC